UUUCCUUUUUAUUCAGUGUAUGAGGAAGUCAGAGAGUCAGAGAGACUCUCAGUCAGGAAUUAAUACCUAUAUUACUCACUUUUUAUUUGUGUGAUUUUAAUCUCAUGUGGUUUUAUAUGUAUAAAUGUAUUUUCGGGAUUAAUUCUGGACCUGGACGGUGGUCUAUAGACUGAACUUGUACGGCGAGUGUGUGAUUUUCUUUGCCCACCCGUAUUCGGAGUGUAGGAUUAGUGAGGAGUUUUGUCGGAAUGCGGGUGGGUUUUUAAUGCUGGCUGUGUUCCAGACAUGGCGGCUGUUCAGGAGUGUUUCAUUUCAGCUCCGGGGAAAUCCAUCCUGCACGGAGAGCAUGCUGUAGUACACGGGAAGGUGGCGCUGGCUGUGAGCUUGAACCUGCGCACGUAUCUGCGGCUGCGGGUCACGUCUUCAUCCGAAGUGUCCGUCAGUCUCCCGAACAUCGACACCUUCCUGUGCUGGAACAUCAGCGUGCUGAAACCACUGCUGUCUCACUGUACAGGUGAGUGUAGGAGCUCCACAGAGCUGGACACUGAGCUGAUGAGGAAGCUGAGGGAAUUUACAGGCGUCUCUGAUGGAUCCACAGACACCAGGAGCAUGGCGGUGCUGGCCUUCCUCUACACCUACCUGCGUGUCUUCUCCCAGUCAGAAAUCCUGCCCGGUCUGAAGGUGUGUGUGUGGUCUGAGCUGCCUACAGGAGCAGGUUUGGGCUCCAGCGCUGCGUACAGUGUGUGUGUCUCUGCUGGUCUGCUCACCGCCAGAGGAACCAUCAGCUCUCCUCUUACACAGAGCCAGGAGACGGCCAGGUGGAGUGAUGAGGAGCUGGAGUUGAUCAAUAACUGGGCUUUUCAAGGUGAAAAGAUCAUACAUGGCAACCCAUCAGGAGUAGAUAACGCAGUGGGGACGUGGGGAGGCUUUCUGCGCUACCAGGCUGGGAAAAUUACUCCACUGAGCAAUGUACCCACACUGAGGAUCCUCCUCACCAACACUAAAGUACCGCGCAGCACCAAACUCCUGGUUUCUGGAGUGAAGGACAGAAUUAAUCAGUACCCAUCUGUCCUGCUCCCUGUGCUGGAGUCGGUGGAUGCCGUGUCUCAGAUCUGUGAGCGGACACUAGCUGAGAUGGCUAGAGAGGGAGCUUCAGCCAAACACUACAGCACACUGGAGGAUUUAAUAGACAUCAAUCAGCAUCACCUGAACGUGAUGGGCGUCGGUCACAUUUCUCUGAACUCACUGUGCCAGGUCACACUGGCCCACGGCCUCCACAGCAAACUGACCGGAGCAGGAGGAGGAGGCUGCGCCAUCACACUCCUCACACCAGAGACAGGCGAGUGUGUGGUGCGAGACGUGAUGGAGGAGCUGAAGCAGGUUGGAUUUGACUGCUGGGAGACGAGUAUCGGAGCGCCGGGUGUCCUGAUGCACUCGCCCACCUCACUGACACACAACAUCCUCCACAUCCUCACUAAAUACUGAUGUACUGAACACACACACACACAUACACACACACAGUAGAUGAACAUUAUAGCUAUACCAACAGUAUUUUAUUUAUAUAUAUAUAUAUUAUAUAAUGUUACCUGUGAUUAGAGCAUUGCUGAAGAUAAAAGUGGACACAGAUUUGAACACUAUAGACACCAGAGCUACAUCAUCCUCCAGAUUUACUUGCUCGCUUUGUUUGGGGAUGAAGAUCACAGCUCAGGUGAAGAGCUAAUACAGUGGAGGAUCUCUUACAUAUUUAAACUAACUUUAUAUUUCUAAAUAAAUCUGAUUCUCCUGACUGAAUGCAGUUGUUGAGGAUUUCUUCUCCUUCUGCUUCUUAAUAUUAUUAUUAUUAUUAUUAUUUUCCCCCUAGAACAUGGCACUCGUGUGUGUUUACAGUAAAUGUCUCUUAGUGUUGCUCCCAUUUCGAUGAUUUCUGUCAGGCAUUACAUACAGUCAUGGAAAAAAGUAAGUACACCCUC